AUGGCUUCUGAGGAAAAGAAUUCAGUGGCUGCUCUGCGUGCAGCUGUUAAUAAAUCUGAGGCGGACGUCUGUAGACUCGAAACGAUUCUUAAUGUUAAGCACCAGCCUGUAGAACGACAUUUGCCACUUGUUGAACGUGAGCGACAGCUUUCGGAAAUGAGCAUGCUCCUCUCUACCACACUAUCAAAUCGCAUUGACUGUUUUAAUGCCUUGAUUGAAGAACAACAACGCCUCGGAAAGCAAUUAGGCGAAUCUGUAAGGGGAUACACCUACGAAACUGCCCCCUCUCUCAGUCUGUUACAGGCGCGGAAUUCUAUCAAGUCGAGUGGUCAACACGCAUAUGUCGGAGAUGUAAGAACUUCGUCAUCUUCCAUUCCACUUAAUCGCGUAUUACCUAAUCCACCUGACUCGGACUGCGGUGAUAAGAACUUUUCUGCCCAUAAAGAUGGGACGGCUAAGUCUGGCGAGUCACUCGUCACAAAAAACUCGGACAAUCAAACCGUGGCCGAACGCGUCGCGGCUUUUAGGAAUGCCUAUCUUCAUAGCGACGCGGAACAUGAAAAUUCGGUGAAGGCAAUAUUCAUUUCCCGCCUAUCUGAACUCCAUAAGCUGUUCGAUGAGUGCUUGGUUGAUUACAAGAUCCGAGAGCGUUAUCCUAAGCAGCCUGCGGAUAUUUCUCUUAGCAGUGAUUACCUCGAUCAUAUCGAAGAACAAAUUGCAAAGUGGCAGGACUAUCGCACCCUUCAUACUGAUGUGAUGGCUGCUUUCUUUUCCUGGCGUGCGUCUUUCGCCCGACUACUGCAUAUUGAAAGUCAAAUCAACGACCCUAAGAUGCGCCUGAGGCGAAGUUCACUGUUUCUAAGACUGGAGAAGGAAGCUGCGUCUGUUAAGGAGCGUAUUCUUCCCAACCUCGAAAAGCAGUUAUUCGUGGCAGCCGAUAAGGACGAGGGCUUUCUUGUUUUUGGUGUCCCUGUCCAACAGUACGUGGAAGAGGCCAGAAGGGAGGCUGAUCAGGCCGAGCCCGGGAGGCCAGGAUUGAAUCCCGAGAAACAGGCUCACUCACCGCCAUCACGACGUAGAAUGGCACUAGUCUUGAACUCUUUACAGCCAGCCGGUGUCAUGUUGCUUGUACCACGGAUGCUUUUGCGCUUACGUGACAGAACUCUGUUAGAUGUGUCUGAAUUUGCUACUUGUGGCGGGACUGGCCCAACAACAGGAAAUAAGCUCAUCCCCAAGGACACGUCAGCGGCACGUUCACCACCUCGUGCUGGACCGCCCCCGGCCAAGAAACCUCGACCUUCACUGCGGGCAACGUCGAGAGUACCCACGCAGUCGCCUUCUCCACAUAGACCGGGUCUUGCAAAGGUCGCGCCCAUCCCAAAAGGUCGGCCAUUGACCCAGGUCGCGUCGCGUCCCCCCGCGCCUGGCCUAUCCACACCCAGCAGCUCCAGGCCAGUUCGGACUAAAGGUAUCUCCGACAGGAACCAAUCAGCGUCCAAGAUCGCGUGUCCGCCGACCCCCAACAACAACGCCAAACUCGCAACGCCCAUUGGUCGACCGCCCACUGCCCGUAAACCUAGACUAAACAACACACCGGCCACCGCCACUUUCCCAGCAACCACUCCCUCCAACUAUAAAACCGUAGCAUCUGGCAACCCAAGCCAGUUGCGCACUCCCGUUAUCGUGAACAGACUGAGGACGCCAGCAAUGUCGGCCUCAUCCAGCCACCUGAGUCGACUGGCACCCAACCUGACCAAACUGCUCGAGGCCUCGCCCUCAUCCUUGCCAAUUACCCGUCUUUUUGGGUACAACUGUAACCGCAAGCCCAGUUCCUUGAAGCCCGUACCCACCCCUGAAGCGAAACACGAUCGAGUGUCCAUUUCUUCGAUCAAACGCAAAAUCGCCACCGCCUCCGCCUCAAUUGAUCGUCAUCAAAACACUCCACUAAUGAAGGGAGGAAUGCCCCCGGCCCGACAAUCAAAACUCCCGCGCAUGACUCCAGCAACAAAUCGCCCUCCUCCAAGUCGUCAGUAUACUCGACUAAACUCCAUCGCCGCGCAAUCAUCACAGUUGAACAACAAGCCGAUAGGCGCAGAAUUCAGUUUUUUUAGAUUUAACUAA